UUGACCACCAUAUAUCUAUCUUCCGCUCUGCAACUAUUUCACACCACACCACAAGCUUCCAAACAAAGAGAAUUAAUGGAAAGUAAGAUUUGCAAGGUUUAUUCUUGUUGUUGUCCUCUGACAAGUCUACAAUAAACACACCAAACCAAUCUUAUCUGGUCAAUGGGUAUCUCUUCUUUGCUCGAUUCCAUAACUUCAAAACAUGCUGUUGCUGUUGAUGAAAGAAACACAAGCACAAAUACAAACAGAUCUUUCUCUCCAAUCUAAAGAUUCAACAACAACAACUCUCUCAAUCCAUGGCUGGUGUUGAAAUCAAUCAUAAGCUAAGGCUUGUUGGAUUUCUGGGUUUUUCAAUAUGACCAUGUUUCCUGCUCAAAACCUCUCCAAACAGUAUCGUCUCAGCGGUUAUGGUGGCGGUGAUAGUGGUAGUUACUCGGAGAGUUUCGGUGUUAUGAGCCGAUUACAAGGGUAUGAGUGUUGUAGUGAAGCUUGCUCAGGAUCUGAUCUGAUGGUUGGUCCGAUGGCUGAAGAUGAGUCGGGCUCAAGUUCCAAGAACAUUCAAGAUGAUAGGGAUGAAGGGUGGUUACAAUUGGGUAUUGGUGGUGGUGGUAGUCAUGAGAACAAGCUCGAUCAAGUUGACCCAACAACAAGCAGAGUCGGAUUGAUCGAGCUUGAUCUACUACCCAGUGGUAGUUCGCAACAAGUUAGAUCAUCACCACCGGAGUUUCGAGUUCCAAGUGCCACUAAUAAUGGUACUUCUUUGUUCUUGCAACACCCAGGAACAAGUUCGGCUUUUACUCAUCAUCAAAAGAUUAACUGGGGAUUUAGGCCUAUCCCGCAAAAUAUGAUGGUAGCUUCUUCUUCUUCUCCGUUUUCAUCCACGUCUUCUUUAAUGCCACCAGAAUCCUAUUUCGCCAGACCAUUUCAACUCCAUUCUGGCGUAGAUGUAGCUGGGCCAAGUUUAGGUUUCAGAAUCAUUGAUCCUCCUCGGAGACCCCAUUCCGGCAUAUGGUUUAUGCUUCAAGCAUCACAAAAUCAAGCAAAAGAACCCAUUUUGCCUCAGAUACCCAAGAGCUACCUGAGAAUUAAGGAUGGAAGGAUGACAGUUCGAUUGUUAAUGAAGUAUCUGGUUAACAAGCUGAGAUUGGAUAGCGAAUCCGAGCAGAUAGAGAUAACAUGUAGAGGGCAAGAGCUUCUACCAUUCUUGACAUUGCAACACGUAAGAGAUAGCAUAUGGAGGAGUCCAAGGGAUGCUGUGACUUUGCUUGCAGACUCUUCUUCUUCAACUACAGAUCAUGUCAUGGUGCUACACUAUGCUAGGAGUGCUUAACUAAUUAAAUGGAGAUAAAAAGAAUAAUUAUUAUUUAAUCCAAUUUCAAUUCACAUGCUGUAUCAUUGUUAAAUUAUGAAACCCUGUUUCCUUUUCUUUUCUUUUCUUCCCACCUCUUUGCUAGUGGGUUUUGUUAUUUAUUUUGUUUUUUCCCUUUAGUUCUCUUAUUGGAGAUAUACCUCAAAAUCAUGAUAUAUUUGAUUUUUGGGGUUUCAUAACAUAGCCAAAAAUGUGCUAGCAAACCGUAGGGGCUUGGUAUUUAUUAUUUUUCUUUUGGUUGACACUACUUUGUAAUUCAGUUUCCCCAGUUUUUUUUUUUUUUGGUCUUGAAUUUCUUUGAUUUAUGCCUUUUUAUUUUCUAUUUACUCUCUUAGAUUCAUUCUCUGAUGCAAAUAUAAUUUGUAACUUUAAUAUACAAUCUUUAAUGCACUUAAUUUUUAUACAUUUUACAAUUUUUUUGAAACUUCUUAACAGGUGUACCCUAAGGGCUAGACAAAAAGACUUCAUUUUUAUUUUUAUUUUUUAAAUCAAUAAGCAGGGGGAAAAAUCAUAUUAAUAUUUCGGGUCAAAUGGUAAAUCUAUAUCAUUAGAAUGAAUGGCAAAGACAAAUAAUCUGUGUUAAGCAAAACAAUCAUUUUUAUCUCAGUGGAACCACUUUAAUGGGGCCUUUCUCAUAUCCAGUUUGAGCAGGAUCAUAUGCUAAAUUAUGUCAAAAAAAUUAUCCUUAAACAGUCAAUGCGAUUUGACAUGCCAAGGAAACAAAUUUGAUUCUCAUAAUCUUACAGAUUUUGACUUAUAUUUACCGUGAGAUCAACCAAAUCACGUUUCAUAGCUCAAAGACAAAUCCACUACAACAUCAAAUGAGAAAUCGAAAAAUCUAUCACGCUGGGUGGGUAUAUGAAGUCUCAAUUACAAAAUUGUAGCAAUUCCUAGAGAGGUAGACACUGCAAUAGCAAAUUUACUCCCAAAACUUCAACUUCAACUGAUUAUUCAGCUUUCUUCCUUCCCAACCUCUGGGCGCAACUAAACGUGCGGUGGGAAAGGACCGGUGCUUUGGAAGCUGAAAGUCAUAGAAACACCCAAAGUCUACGCAAACACAGCUCUUUAUCCAACCUGAAAUCGCAAUGUAACAGGUAGCAGUGCACAACCCAACAAGCUGCAGUAGUUAGUUGCAAACUUGCGAAAACCAUAAUACAUGGAGAGAGAGAAUUUAUACAUCCAUCACACUGGGAUAACAUAAAAGACGUUGCUCUCCAAGGCAAAUGAGAAUCUCUAACCUUUUAUAAUUGAACACAACUAUGAAAAAACAGGUGAGACAGAUAUGAUAACCAGUAAGCUAAGUCAGUAUCUAGAAGUUAAGCAUUGAUAUGUAGUAUCAUAGUUUGCACCACUGCACUACUAAGUUGAAAGGAGCGAGGUUCAAUACUAUGUAAAAAUCAAUUUGGGUAACCUUUCAUAAGGUUUUAUGAGUUGCAUGUCUUGGAGGCCAAGUAAAAAAGACCUCAACCAUCUUAACAAAUAAGCAAAAGCAGACAUCUAUGUACACAAAAAAGUACAAGUUAAAACAGUUACAACUAAAGUAGUAUGAGAAUUCAAAUUUCCAAAAAUAAAAAAGCUUACGCCGGAAGAUAUUCAAGCAUUCCAACACAUACCAUACAACUGAGCAGCAAAAUGAUCUAGUAUGCAAGUUCCCCACGGGUAGACCACCUACUUCGCUUAGACGUCCCAAGUGUUUCACUAGUUGCUCAUAUACACCAAAAACAAGCUGCAAUACCACACUUGUAAUUGAAUUGCUGAUACAAUCUUAUACAAAGAAUUGUUUCCAAGUCUCAAUACAACUUCUCAUAUCUUCAUACCUCCAUCAACUUGCUCAAUGAAAUAAUAACAAUUGCAAUCUAUUCAAUAAAAUUCAGGAAGAUUAUGUUUAUGCCUUGUUUUUAAGAGCUGUCAAUCUGUCAACAUACUAGGAACUAGAAAACCAACGCCAAACAGAUAACUCUUUCAUUUUUUUUAACCAAUCAAUACUAAACAGGUACUAGGAUUGAGUAGUCCUACAAUAACAUCAAAGAACAC